AUGGUAUUGUGUGGGUCGACUGAUGAGGAGAGUUUUAAAGUGUCGUCUGAGUUUGAGGAGGGUAGAGAGAAGUGUCCGUAUGGACCUGCAACAGGCUACACUGGCCUCAUCGUGGACCAGCAGAUGUACACGGCGUCUCAGUAUGAGUUCCAGUGCUCUCCGGACAUCCGGCGUAACGACCCCUAUCCCAUGGUGAGGACAGAGGAGGCACCCACUCGCUGGUUUCAUGAGGCUGACUUUGUGGGCAGUGCCCUGGUGAGGGAGAGUGAGGGCAGUACUACCGGAGAUGACGAUAAAAUCUACUACUUCUUUACCGAGAAGAGCCAGGAGCAGACACCAUACUACAGCCACAUUAGAGUGGCACGGGUUGGACGAGUCUGUAAGGGAGAUAGAGGAGGUCUGUUGACCCUCCAGAAGAGGUGGACAUCAUUCCUAAAGGCCACACUGGUGUGUUCGCUGCCGGAAUACAACUUACACUUCAACGUGUUGAGGAGUAUUUACACGCUGUCGGGACACACACCUCACGACACACUCUUCUACGGUGUCUUCAGUCCCGAGUGGAAGAACGUGAAGAUAUCAGCAGUGUGCCGGUUCUCUCUGUCUGAGGUCCAACGGGUCUUUGACGGGCCCUACAUGGAGAAUCAGGACUCUGGAGCCGAGGGGAGCGAGUACACUGGAAAGGUCCCUGACCCACGACCUGGAUCAUGUAUUACAGACCAGUUGAGAUCCAGAGGUAUAAACUCCUCCACCUCUCUGCCAGAUGACAUGUUGAACUUUGUGAGGAGACACCCUCUGAUGUCCCAGCAGGUCAUGUCUACAGAGCAGCGCCCCAUGUUGUUCAGGAGGACAACAGACUACACCCAGCUGGUGGCUCACAAGGUGGAGGGGAUGGACGGGCAGAACUACCAUUUACUCUUCAUGGGCACAGACGAUGGCUGGCUGCACAGAGCUGUAGAGGUCAAGGGUCAUCUACACAUUAUAGAGGAGCUACAGCUGUUUGACCAACCACAGCGUGUGGAUAGCCUGGUUAUUUCACAUACACAGAUGAGUGUGUAUGUAGGUUCUCCCUCUGGUGUGGUCCAGCUACCCCUCUCCACCUGCAAUAGGUACAAUUCCUGUUACGACUGUAUCUUCUCCAGGGACCCUUACUGUGGCUGGGAUGGACAGGACUGUUUGGAUAUCACAGCACAGACUGACAGGUCUAACUUGACCCAGGACGUCCUGUAUGGGAACAGAGGAUGUGACAACGAGCCGGUCCAGCACCGGAGCCGGUCUGUAAUGGUGGGAGAUGACGUGCUGCUCCAGUGUGAAAUUAGCUCCAAUCUGGCAACCCCAGUGUGGACUCUGGACGGGUCAGAGCUGCAGGGCUAUGGCCUGGACUCUGGCUUCAGGGUGGGCACCGACGGCCUCCUGGUCAUCGAGUCCCAACCGGAGCAGAGCGGCGAGUACACCUGCCACGCCCUCGAGAACGGUGUCCGAGUUGCUGUGGUUAAGUACUCUGUGACGGUACGUCUAGAUAUGCCACAUCCCCCUCCCCCACCCAUCGACCAAUCCCAAGACCAUCCCUACUACCCUCCUCCUCCACCCCUCACCGAGCUCUUCCACCCCUCGCCCCCCUCCUCUGAGAGGCCCCUGCCACCCUUUGCCCCGGCCCCUCUCCCCCCACCUCAGAGCUGCCACCCUCUGCCCCAGCCCCUCCCCCCACCUCGGAGCUGCUCUCCCCCAGGAGCAUGGAGGCUAUGUACCUGUCCUUGAUCACCAUCCUAG